AUGUCGACGUUUACAUUAAGCACAACGGAAAAGAACAAACCUUUAUUACUUUCUAAAGGGUUUUACUAUACUAUCGAUAAAACAAAUAAUGAUAAAAUUUAUUGGAAAUGUGAAUAUGCUCGAAAGCUUAAAUGCAAAGGUCGAAUUCACACAAAUGAUAUUAAGACGACAAUAUUACAUGAAAAUGACAAUCAUAAUCAUCCUGAAAAUGCUAUUUCAAAUGAAAUUCGAAUAUUUGAAGAAAAGGUUCGUGAUCGUGCUGUGAAUUGCAACGAGAAUGCACAGACUGUUCUUGAUAAUUGUUUAACGGAUUUAUCUGAUCUUGCUGUAGCUCGCAUUCCCAAUUUUAAACAUAUAAAACGAAAUAUUCAACAUCGACGUGUUAUGAAUGAUUUUCCAAAAAAUCCUAAUGAUAGGACAUUUAAUCAAAUUCCUGAUAUAUUAACAGUUACCAAACGAAGAAAUGAAUUUUUGCAAUUUGAUUCUGGUUCAGGAGAUGAUCGUAUUAUCAUAUUUUCAACACUUGAACAGUUACAACUUCUUGAAAAUUGUGAACAAUUAUUAGUUGAUGGAACAUUUAAAGUAGCACCAUCAAUCUUUAACCAGUUGUAUGCUAUGCAUAUUGUUUAUCGAAAUGUUGUUAUACCGGUUGUUUUUGCUUUAUUACCAAAUAAGAAUCAAUCAACAUAUUAUCGUCUUCUUGAUAAACUAAAAGAACUUUGUCCAUUAGGGCAUCCAAAAUCCAUAAUGAUGGAUUUUGAGAAAGCUGCGAUGAAUGAAUUUGGGAAUAAGUUUACUAAAACUACUGAUCCAGCAACAAUGUCUGGUUGCUUCUUUCAUUUACAAAAUAGUGUGCAACGUAAACUUCAAGAAUUAGGCUUUAAGACAAAUUAUGAACAAGAUCCUGCAUUUGCUCAUGAUGUCAAUAAAAUAUCAGCUCUUGCAUUUCUCAAAGCAAAUGAUGUUAGCCAAGGUUUUGAUGAUUUGUUCGAUUCAUUACCACAAGUAUUACAACCAUUACUUAAUUAUUUCGAAGAUACGUAUAUGGGAAGACGUCGAGGACAAGGUCGAUCGAAGCCAAUGUUUGAAAUUGAAUUUUGGAAUAUGCAUCAAAGAACAACGGAUCUUUUAAUGCGUACAAAUAAUAGCUUAGAGGCCUGGCAUCGCCGUUUAAGUUCAAUUGUUCAGUGUCAACAUCCUAGUCUUUGGAAAUUUAUUGAAAGUUUGAAGAAUGAAGAACAUUACAUUCACUGCCAAUUAAUUAAACUUAAUGCUGGUGAAAACGUUGAACUAAAAAAAAAAUAUUUAAACUAUGGUGUACGUUUACAUCAUCGAAUUAUGCACCCGCAUCCAACUUUUUUACAACAAUUGGAAGCGCUUGCUCAUAAUUUAUGA